AGUCUGUCGGAACACACUUAAUGGCAGAACUAAUGGGUCCGAGUAAACAUACGGAAGAAUUAGACAGUGGCACCAAAAAAGGAAGUGCUGCGCUCCACUCAGCUAAAAGCUAGACGUUUGCUUAAUAGAGACGACUUUUACAAUAGACUAUGGCGGAACCUGAAAUGGUGAUUGAUUGGGGAGCUUGUGCCGCGCGGGAAGUGGAGGAUUUGGCGAAGAUGAGACCUCUUUUGACGAACGUCCACGUCGGUCUUCCUCCCCCUGUGGCGGACCCCGCCUGGAUGUCUCUCGUUAAAGGAGACUACCAGUACUUCCACUAUGGCUGCGAUGGACAAGAUGACCGAGGAUGGGGGUGUGGAUACCGCACCGUCCAGACUAUGGCCUCCUGGUUGGGCCACAACAUGAAGGUCCAAACAAGACCUCCACCCAGCCUGCAGGAGAUCCAGCAAGCAUUGGUCUCCGUCAUGGACAAGCCAGGCUCCUUUCUGGGCUCCAAAGAGUGGAUUGGGACAUUUGAAGCAUCCCUGGUCCUGGAUUAUAUUUACGAUGUUCCCUGUAAAUUGGUGCAUGUCAGAGGUGGCGGGGGGGAGUUGGAGAAUGUCGCCGUGGAAGAGGUCCAUCAGCACUUGGCCAAGCGCGGAUGUCCUGUCAUGAUGGGGGGGGACAGGGACAACUCGUCCAAGGGCAUCCUGGGUGUGUGCACUGGGGCCAGUGGAAGUUACCUGCUGGUUGUUGACCCCCACUAUUACGGGGGUCCGCUGGGAAGGGCGGAGACACAACGGCGAGGCUGGGUGGCGUGGAAAAGGGUGUCAUCUCUAAACCAGUCUUCUUUUUAUAAUCUCUGUUUACCUCAGACUGCCACAAUAGUCCCUUAAACACGAUUCGCCCAACACCAGCGUCAGGGCUUAAUCUGAUCAUUUUUUAUUGUAGGGCUCCACGAUUAUGCACAAACGUGAAUCGCGAUUUUCUAGCUCGGAUUUAGGAUUGCGUUUCUCUAGAACAGGGGUGUCAAACGUAAAACUUGUCAGGCCCGCGGGAUAAGUUUGCUAAGUAUACAAAUGAGCCGAAAUUUUUGAAUGAAAGAAACUACGGUCCUAAAUGUGUCCACUAGAUGUCGCAAUAGCAAUUAUUUGUAUAUUUGAAGAUGAUGCUACAUAUGUAAAAAAAACAAAAAAAAACACGUGAUCACAUCACAUCAGUCGAGGAAAAUGAGCAAACUACAUAAAUAACAUCCUGUAAUUUGAUUUUUAUAUUACUUUUUUAUCUUGAUAGAUUGAAAAUGAACACCAAUGAGUUGACUGAUGAACAUCACAUAAUUUAUUCAGAAAGUAUAAAUAACAACAAGUAAAGGUAGAAUAUUAUUAACCCCAACAUGUAAGUGUAAAAUACAACAACAUUUUGAUUUGUACAUUUUCAGAAUGUGCUUGUCUUUAUUUUUAAGUUAUCGUGCCGUGAUUUUACCAUUCCGGCCAACUUCGGAGUAGAUUUUCUCCAUGUGGUCCCUGAUCUAAAAUGAGUUUGACACCCCUUCUCUAGAAGAUGUUAUUUACUGGCAGAUACUGUCCAUGUGGUUUCGUUUUAAAAACUCACUCGUUUUUUUAUUUGUUGAUUAUGCAGUCAUGGCUGCCCUCAGAGGGCCACUUGUAACAGCGAAUAAUAUAUAAUUUUGCCUAAGCAUUUGAUUAUUAUGCAUAUAUAUUUUACGUACAUAGUAAAAAAAAUACAGUAAAAACUGGCAACUCAGUUACUAUUACUGUAAAAUAUACAGUGAUUUUACAACACACUACAUUAAAUGGAAAAACAGCACCACUAUUUUUUUAUGGGGGAAAAAAACUGGAAGCUUAUAGGAGAAUUACAAUUUUACUUAAAAUUCACAGUGUUUUUUUUAACAAUACUGUAAAUGGAAAAACAGUACCACUGUUUUUUUUUUCUUUCUUUCUGGCAACUAAGCUGUCAGUUUUUACCGUGUUUUUCC